CGAGAGCACCGGGACGCGCGCCCAAUGGAUCACUGGUUUCUGUAGCCUUCAUGAAAGCCAGAGAUAUGAGCAACGAAGCAGAGGGGGAUAAUCCAGACCAAACAAACUGCAAAUGUAAAUCACAUACCCUGUUAUCCUCGUACUGCAUCGACAGUAUUCUAGGAAGGAAAAGUCCCUUAAAAGUUAAAGCAACACCAAACAGUUUGUGGCCCCUUCAACCAGACAUGCACCUGCCGCCGAAGCUCCGCCGCCCCUUCGCCCAGUCCACAAACCACACAAAAGAAAUACAAACAAACGAAAACAAAACAGCUGGCCCACACACACACACAGCUUGUGAAAAAUUAAAAAUUACAGAGGCCUCGCUAGUAAACAUCAGUCGUGCUAGAUCGUACCAGGAACAUGCUUCUCUGCUGUCCUGUAGAGACGCAUCCAGUCCCACACCAAGACCAGAGGAGGAAGAAACCGACAGUGAAAGACUAUGUAGAGAGACAUCUGUGUCUCCAGGUCUAAUGGGACUGCAAGAACGAGAGGCAUAUUUGAAGAACAGUGAGGAAACUACUUUAUCAGUGGGAAGUGACACUGAAGAUGGGAUGUUAAAACGAAAACAGAGGAGAUACCGGACCACAUUUACCAGCUAUCAGCUUGAGGAGCUGGAAAGAGCUUUUCAAAAGACUCACUAUCCAGAUGUUUUCACAAGGGAGGAAUUAGCAAUGAGACUUGAUCUUACAGAAGCACGAGUGCAAGUCUGGUUCCAGAAUCGACGAGCAAAAUGGAGGAAAAGGGAAAAGGCGGGGGUCCAGUCACACACUCUAAGCCUACACUAUACUGGAACCCCCCCUGCUGCACAGUCCUUGUGUCAUUACCUGAGUGGGAAUACUUUUGUCCCAAACCCACAUCCAGCUAUUGAUUCUUCUUGGCCUGCCCCCCUCCAAAGACUGGCUCAGCCUCCCCCAAACCCUGCCUCCCCUCAUGGCUUCAAUGCUGUGUUAGGGGCGGCCAUGUUUAGACAUCCCGCUUUCAUUAACCCCACUUUUGGAAGACUUUUUACAAGCUUAGGUCCAAUGGGACUGCAAAGGAUACCCCUUCCUGCCAUCGAGGGUCCAAUUCAACGCUCCCACCUCACCAACAACCUUCUCUCCUCUUCCCCACCCUUACCUUCAUCUCCAACGGUGGACCUCCGCGCUUCCAGCAUAGCAGCACUGCGUCUCAAAGCAAAGGAGCAUUCUGCUCAGCUGACUCACAUCACUGCUGGAAAGGCUGGAAAAGAGGAGUGCUAAUACUCACUCCCACUUGAGAGAUGGCAAAAGACCAAAGUUAAGCAGACACACUGAUAUCUGGAGAUUUAUUAAUAGAUACAUUAAUAAAAACAUAGGUUUCGGUUUGUGGAAGUUGAGCAUUAGCAUUCUAAAGCUUUUUUCAUUUGUUUAUUGUUGGUUGUUAAAGAGUACUGACUGUUUGUUUUUGUUUGUUUUUUUCAUUAGUGAAUGAUCCUUUUAAGUUAUUUCAUCCUGUUUUGCAUUAGUAAAUUGAUACAACAACCAACAAACAGGCAUACGGGACAAGCUGCUUUUAAUCUGUUACAAAUUUAACACUUUUUCAAGAUUUGUUCUGUAACAGUAAAAAGGAUGUGUUACUCAUGUAUUUAUUCUGCAUCAAACUGUAUUGGGAAUUUUUUAAGGCUGCACUUUCUGCGUUUGCAAAAUAGUACUAAAAUAGUUUUGGUAUGGUUAUGUUGCCAUUACAAUAAGCUUUAUUUAUAUUUUGUUAACCCAAUGAGCCACGAUUCAGGGAAAUAAACAAAAUAUCCAUAUGCUUCUCUUGAUGAAUUAGCCAGGGAAAAUAAGAUAAUGUGAAAGUAAAAAACAGAAACGUUUUGGGUUGUCUUAAAAUUCUUUCUGUAUUUAAUGCUUUAAAUAAAUGGAGGAUG